UUAGUGCUGAAAUGAUCUUUUAAAGAUCCCCAUCAUAACAAUAAUGUAUAGAGAAGAAGAUAAUCAACAUCAGUAAUAGAACGAAAUAUAAAGAUUCCGGUUAGACUCCUCCAAAAAUAAAAAAAGCAAAAAAAUUACAAAAAAAAAAAAAAAUCAAGUGCUAAUUUUGGUAAAUAAAUAUUAAAGAUAAAAUAUAGAUUUUUUAUUUUUAAAACUAACAAAGAAAUUAAAUUAACAAUAGAAAAUAAAUAUUAAAUUAUUAAAUAAUUUAAAAUUAUGUACAAGAGAAUAUUAAAUAAAAGGAAGUGAACACAAUAACAGUACCUAAUUUUCUUGUUCUUAAAUUAAAAAAAAAAAAAUUAAUUUAAAAAUUAAAAAUAAAUAUAAUAAAAAUCUGUUAUACAUUGAGUGGAAUUAAAAAAAAAAAAAAAAACAAAUUUUUAAUUUAUAUUUUAAAAUAUUUUUAAUUAAAAAUUAAUUAUUAAAAAUUUAAAUUCAAAGUUAUUUUUACUUUUUAUAAAUUAAUUAUAAAAAGAUUUCAUCGUUAACAUUAAGCAGCUAUAUACUGUUAUAUACACACAAACACACAUAAAUUAAAAUUAAAUUAUUUAAAAUUAAAGAAAAUAUAAACAAAAUGGAAGAGGAACAAUCCAAUAAAUCUGAAGUAUCUCUUCCCGGUGCUGGCGGUGCUGAACCAACUAUUAUUGAAACUCUUAAUAAAAACACAAUAAUAAAUACAACAGAAGAACAAAAACAAAAUAAGAGUGAAAAUAAAGAAGAGAAUCAAUCUAAUAUCAAUGAUUCUAAUGAUACUACUACCACAACAACUCCAGUUACCACAAAAGAAGAGGAAAUAAAAUCUUUAAAUGAAACAGAACAAAUUAAUUUAGAUAAUAAUAAAAAUCAAUCGGAUAUUGAAAAUAUUGAAAUAUCUAAAAAUAUUUUAGAUAUACAAUCACAUUUAAUUGAAACAUUUGAUAAAAAUUUUUCAGUUAGCGAAGAUAGUGAUAAAAGUGGAGUAACAGUUAAAGAAAUACCAGCAAAACCAGAAGAAUUUCAAACAACAUCACAAAUUGAAACAGAAACUAGUCCAAAAUCAGUCAUUGAAAUUGAACCAUCCAUACCAAAAACUCAUAAACCAAUUCAAUUAGAUUUAGAUAUAAGUAGUAAUAAACGUGAAUCAAAAUUAUUAAAUUCAUUUGAUAAAAAAGAAGAAGAAGAAGAAGAUAAAAAAGAAAAUAACAAUAAUAUUAUUAUAGAAAAUGAAAAUUUAAAUAAAAAUAUUAAAAAUAACAAUAAUAAUAAUAUAAUAAAUAAAAUAACAGAUGAUAAAAAUAAUAUACUAGUAGAUACUGCCAAAGAAGUUAAGAUUGAAAUUAGUAAUAAGUUUAUUGAAAACGAAAAAGAUAAAAUUGAAUCUUCUCAUAUUGAGAACAACAAUAAUAAUAAUAACAUAUUGGCAAAUAAUGAAAAUAUAAUUAUUAGUGAUAUUAGUUCUUCUAAAAUUGAAAAUAAUAUAAAUGAAAAAUUAAUAGAAUCUGAAAAACAACAAAAUCUUAAUGAAAAUCAUAAUAAUAUAGAGAAGGUAAAAGAAAAAUCCGAAGAAAUUUUAACAUCAUCAUCAGUUGUAGCAGCUGAUAAUCAAGAAAAUAACUUUGAAAUUUUAAGUGGAAAACAAGAUAAAUUACUUAUAAUAACAGAUUUAAGUGGUGGAAAUAAUUUUCUAAAUACAAAUAAUCAUUUAAAUAAUGAUAUUGGUAUUAAUGGUUUAAAAAAUUGUACAACACCUUUAGAAGAAGAAGAAAAACAAAAAUUAUUAGAUUCAUUACCACAACUUGAUUCUAAUAUCGAUCCAUAUAAAUUAGCGAUAGAAGCUAAAAAAGAAUAUUAUCAAUCGUUAAGAGAUUAUUUAGAUAAAUAUCAGGAAGAUAAGCCACCAAUACCUUUGCAAACGUAUCGCUGGGAAGAUAUACGUCGUGCUAAAGAAAAAGGUGGUUAUCCGUGGACACAUUUGUACAAAAGACCAUUAGGACCCGAUGAAGAACCAGAAAUAGUAUUGUUAUUGCGGAAAUCUCAGGAAUUUACUUUUCAUAAACAGUAUCAUCAUAAUAAACAUAAUCAUCAAUCAUCAGAAUCACCAAAAUCAUUGAAAAAAGUUCGCAUACACGAUCAGGUUCUUGUUAAAGAAACUGAAAGAUAUAUAAGCGACUUAUCUGAUACCGAAGAAUUAUCUUCAAAGGCUUCAAGUCCUUCUUCUAUUGGAGCUAGUAUUGAAAGUGAAGAAGAUAAUAAGAGUGCAUUAAGUGAAUCUUGUGCAUCCGAUUCAGUAUCUGAAGGUAAGAAAUCGAAAUUUAGUAAACUUAAGGGGAUAUUGAAACGUAAGACUGGUGAAAAGAAAAAAUCUCAAGAAAAUAAACCAAAAGAAUCAAUAGAAGUAAAGGAGUCUACCGAAUCAAAAGAUACAGCAACAAUAUCAUCAGCCUCACCAUCCCCAUCACCAUUACCAUCUUCUGAUAUACAAGAUUCAAGUGAUAUAUUAUCUGACGAAUAUUUAACAGCUGCAACCACUGAAUCUGAUAAUCCAUCAGAAUUCAGUAAUAAAACAAAACAAGAAGAAUCAUCACCUAAAAAAGGAAAGUGUUGUCAUCCCAUAAUGGAUAAAAUAAAAAAUAUGGCCGAUAAACAGUUAAAAAAACGGAGUAUCAAAAAAAUUCCAUUAAAAGGAGAUGAAAAAAUUGUUUUAGAAGAACAACAAAAAAUUUUAAAAUUGCGUGAAUCACCUAAAGCAGAUCGUAGUGAAAUACCAAAAUUUGUUGAAAAACAAGACAGUGAAGAGAUUGUGGAAAUUGUUCAACUUGAAGAAUCUCCAAGUUCAAAACGUAAAGAAGGUACUGAUGGUGCAAGUAUAUUAAUACCAGAUGAAAUCAUAGAAAUACCACCUCAUCCAACUGUUACUGUUGAAAUAACUCAACCUGAUACUCCAGAUUCACCACCCAGAAAAACUUUACGUAAAAUGAAAGAGCAUGUAUAUGAAGAAAUUGAUCCAAAUUCUGAUUUAACAAUGAAAAUUGAUGAAAUUUUACAAUUAGCUUCUGUAGAAGCUCUUAAAAAGUCAUUAGCCGCACAAGAUGAAAAUAUUUUGAAAGAUAUUCAGGUAAAUAAAAAAUUACCUUUAGAUCGUAUGGGCAGUAGUGAAGAAGAAGUAGAGAGAUCAUUUCAUAAGGGUGCCACUUUAGCACCAAUAUCAUCAAUUGAUUCUACAUCCUCUGAUGAGCAAGAACGACGAGUUGCAUUAUCAACUGUGGCCGAGGAAAGUGAUGCUGCCAGUGUUGAUGAAAAAGGAAUUAAAGAAAGUGAAAGUGCAAUUACUGUAAUUGAGGAAGAAAAAGAAGUAGAAUUGAAACCAGUACUAAAGAAAGAACCGUCACCAGGACCAAAUGGAGCUGAUAAAAAAGUAACAUUCUCUCAUAUAGAAGAUGAAUCAGAACCAUUGCGUGAAGACAUCGAGGUACCUGAAGAAUUGAAAAAUGUCCCCAAUAGAUGGAAAGAUAUGGCUGAUCACGAAUACGAGCCAAUUGGGGAACCUCAAGAUGGUGCAAAAUCGCAAAAUGCCUCAACUUCUAAAAAAGAGUCAACUCCGCAACCAUCGGUACCAUCGGUUCAAAUUUCUCAACCAAUGGAAGUAGAACAGCAAAUUAAAGAAUCAGCAGAAGCUGCUAUGGAAUUAUUACAAAAAGAUCUUGAAGAUCGUUAUUUAAGCUCAGCAACUACAACACCACGCUCAGAAUCUAGAACUGAUACUGAAAUUCGUACUAGUCAAGUGGAUACAAGUGCCUUAGAAGAAUUACCACUUAAACCUGAAAACCGCCGCAAGGGUUUGUUAGCAAGUGCUCAAGACCGAAGCCGUCGUUUUAAAGCAGGUAUUCGAAACCAAGCUGGUAAAGUGAAAACAAAAGUACGUGGCAUUAAAAAGCCAACAUUUAGAAAACCCACUUUAAUUAAAAAAGAAACAGUAAGUAAAACUGAGAUUGGUGAUGUUUUAGUUGUUUCCGAAGUUGUUACAGAAACAAAAGUUGACGAUGAUGCAUCUGCCUUAAGUGAACCUAAAAAUAAAAAGCGCUUCAAAGCGCCUGAUUUUUCAAAUAUCAAAAUGCCGGACAUGCCGAAAUUCAAAUCGCCGGACAUGUCAAAAUUAAAAGCUAAAGCAGGAGACUUAAAGAAAAUUGAAUUUAAAAAGCCAGAAUUUAAAAAACCUGAUUUUAAAAGACCUGAAUUCACUAAAGUUGAUAUGUCGAAAUUUAAAAUACCAGAGAAAUUCUCAUCUCUUAAACUAAAGCGAAGUAGAUCAUUUAAGGAAGGAGACACUUCUGUACAAACCGGUGAAAGUGGUACAACACCAGAAUCUGCGGCCGCGCUUCAAGAAAAAGAACCUGCGGGUAAAAAGAAGUUCGAUUUUACCUUUGGUACAUAUCCAAGAGCACUCAGGCGAAAGAAGAUUCGGGAUUCCAUUGAAAAUAUAGUAAAACCAACAGAUUUAAGUACGCAACCAAGUACUGAAACACCUCCAUCAGUAGAAUCUAGUCAACCAACUGUUCAACGUGGAACACGUGACAAAGGACCUGUUGGUUCAAGAUGGGCUGAUAAAUUUUCUGAUGUCAGUUAUGGGGGAGAUAGUGAAAGUGGACGUUUUCAACGUUAUGGAAGUGAAAUUGAAAGCUUUGAACGUGAAUCAUCAGUCGAACGGCGCAUGAAAGAUGAUUUAAUUGCUCAGGAAGAAGCAGAACUCGCCCUUAUUAGUGAUCCAAGUCGGAAGCAAUUUGUUGAAUUUGACGAAGAAAAUCGAGAGAUACAUAAGAUUUCACGCGAUCGAGAAGCAGAAUUCAAGCAUCGCCGUCCAAUGAUACACCAAGAUUCCAACCUAUCUGAAGAAAGUAGGGAUGUUGGAUGGUCAGACAAAGAUGUUUUGCGAAAUAAAAUGCUUCAACGAGCUGAAAUGGAAUCCGAAAGUUAUAGUAACAAUUACCCAUCAGAAGAGGGUUUAGCAAACCACGAAACUCAAUCAACUGGUAGUUCAACCAAAAAAGGUGUCAUUGAGGAAAUUGACGAUGAUGAGUUCUUCCUACGUAAGAGAGGAAUUUCACAAGAUAACAUUGAAAUCCGACAAUAUAUUAGUAGUGCAAUACGUGAAGGUUUCGAUAAUCCUAUUAAUACUCUCCAACAACUUGGCAGCUCUCAAGGAGAAUAUCCAGAUUCAAUGAUCGGAAUAAGUAGUGAUAAUGUGGACUUUGGAUAUAAUAUUCCUCGUACUCCACCACGCAAGCCAAAACGCCAGAAACAACAGUAUAAUAAUUUGGCUAAAAAUGUUGACGACUCUCAGGAAAUUUCUCAAGAAUUCGACAUAGAACAAAAAGAAAAUUAUGGAGACAAUAUCUCUUUACCACAAACUGGAAGCGAUUUCUUUAAAAAUAUACCACCAAAUCGUCCACUUCGUAGAUCGAAAAAAGGAUUUCAACAGGAUAGCCAAUCAGAUAUACCAUAUUUUGAAGAAAUUGAUAAAGAUUUUUAUCAACAUAAGGAAAUAAACUUGGAAGAUCCCAAUAUGAUGGUUUCACAUAAAUAUGAUGAUGAGGAAGAGUUGCAAUUUCAAGACAUGAGCGCUAAGCCAAUAGCGCCAAAACGUAGAAAAAAGAGAACCCCACAAAGUGAAGAAAGAGAUUUGAUUAUGAAUGGGUUUGGCGGAAGAUCAGUUUCAAACACUUAUUUGGAAGAAAACAUACCACAUCAAGAUAUGAUUGUUUACAGAACAGAGCAUGAAUAUGUCAUCCCCUUAGCGAAGCCGGAAAGUUAUGAGGGUACCCCUGACAUGAAUGAGAGAAGAUCUACCUCAAGAACGAAUAACGAGGAAGAUGACAGAACUUCUAGAGGAGCUGAGUCUUUCAUAGAUGAGGCGCUGGUUAUUAUGGAAAGCGGAGACAACGAGCAAAAGUUCAGGAUUGAAAUGGAAGAUUCCCAUGGUUAUGCUGUCGUUCGUAAGGAGCCUCCACCAAGACCUCCACCACCCUCAAGACAAAAAAAGUCUCCAAGUCGUUUUUCCACCAUGCCAUUACCUAAAAAAUCUCCACCCCCCGAAAGACCUAAACGCAAUUACAGUACCAUCGCACCAGACAGACCACCUCGGAGACCGUCUUUAGAACAUUCAGAAGAGCCUAGAAUUAUACCAGAUGCAACUCAGUACGAAGAAUUAGAUAUUGAAGAAAACCUUCAAAGAAGAGCAGACUCGCCACUUAAACUGAAAUCGGGGGAAAUAAUAAAUAAGAUGAAAUACAGACCUCUUCCUCCUCCACCUAGACCACCAAGGGAAAAAAGAGAUAAAUCGAAGCACAAACUGGAAAGAGAUGAUUUCGACGAUCAUGAUGGCGAAGGGGAACGUAUUGCAACAGAGGCAGCUUUUGAAGUAGAAAUUUCCACACAAACAGACCCUUUGCCAGAUGAUUUUGUUUUUGAGGAAUUUGAAAUAACUGAUGAUAUGAAAAUAAUUGAACCAAGAAAUUCUAAAACUUUGGAAGAUAUCCUUAAAGAAGACGAUAAAGAAAUGGAAGGUGUAAAGUGGAAUGGUGAUGAUAAUUUAACUCGAGGCAUUCAACGAUUUAGGGAAUCAACACAAAGAAGCUUUUCUGAAAAAUCUAGAGCGUCUUCGGCUGCAGAUCGUUCAAAAUCACACAGCAGACCACAAACACCUGCCGCAAUAGUUGUUGAAAAACGUGUUCCUACCCCAAUUCCUAAUUCUAGAACGAACGAGACUAUGCUUGAAGCAUCACUUACUGUUCAACCCAUAGAUGAUCACGACUUUGACAUAGAAGAGAACAUUACAAAAACAUCAUUACAAGGUGAUGGCAGUUUUAAUGAAUCUGUUAGUUAUCAGGCUUCAACUGUAAAAUCUGUUGGUGAACACAGUGGUGAAAGUUAUGAAGAAGAAAGACUGAUGGAUUUCGCUGCAGAAGAGCAACUAGUACGGGAAGAAGAAGAAAGAGAAAAAUUAAGGGAAGAAAUGAGGAAAAUUCAAAAAGAAAAAGAAGAAGAAGAAGAAAGGCUAAUUAUGGAGAAAAUACGAGAGCUGCAACGAAUGGAAGAAGAAGAAGAACGAAAAACAAUUGAAAAAUUGAAAGAACUAGAAAUAUUGGAGCAACAAGAGAAAAGGCGUUUGCAAAAAGAAGCUGAAGAAGAAGAGCGAAGGCAACGAGAGGAGCAAGAUAGAAGAAUUCUGGAAAAAAUAAAGGAAUUAGAACGACAAGAAGAAGAAGACAGACGAAUUAUGGAAAAAUUAAGACAACUGGAAAAAGAAUUUUCUGCAGCUGAAGAAGCUGAAAAACAGGAAGCCAAUCUACUUGAAACUGAAAAACAAGAAACGGUAAAAGAAGGUCAAGACUUCAUAGAAGAACAAGAAAUAGUAAAGCAAACAUUUGAAGCUCCUAGCCGUCCACCUAGAAAACGUCCGUCAGUGCCAAAUAUUGCUGAAGAAGACCAGAUAAAAUCAGUCGCUUUGGAAACUACUGCUUUAGCUCCUGUAUCUGAAAAGCCAAUCGUAGACAUUUCAACUGUACCGUCUCAAACUAGUUUGCCUAGUCAUAUGGCAUUAGCCGACCUAGAGGUCGAAAGAUUAAGGGUUCACGCACUACAGGCAGGUCACAUAAUGGUUUCAAAUUUACAGGGAAGCCAAAUCUCUGCUGAUGAACUAGAAUGUAAAGGAGGAAAUUUGGUUGUCCGAAAUUUAGAACUGCCACCCGGGUUUAUUGAAGACAUAGUAGAAAGAGUUCGUAGCACGGAAAGAACUCAUGUUCAAGUAGAGACGCAAACAGUUGAAAAUGAUGAAACUCAAAAGUCCAAGCCUGUUCCUUCAGAAAAAACUGAAUCCCGUGGGGUACCGACACAUCAUCAAACUCAACACAUGUAUGAACAAAGGCCAUUUAUUGCGGAAGACAUACCACCAAGACCACCUUUACCACCCUUGUUCCCCUCAGAGUACAUGCACUCAAUUCCACCUGCAGCCUUUUAUCAAUUACGUAAUCCAGAUGAUGAAGAAUAUCAACCAAAUUUACAAGCACCUCGUCGCCGAAGACAUUAUCGAAGACGCGAUUCCUCAUCAGAUGAUGAUCACCAUCGACGUAGAAGCAGAAGUAGAAGAUCGCCAGAACCAACAGUUGCCCAAUUAGGAGGACAAUUUUUACAAGCCUGUGGUACUUCAUUAUUGCGACGUUUAUCUCAAGUAGCAAAUGCUAUGCAGUUCAGUGUAAAAGAAGGAGGUGAAAGAAAUAUAGGAAUAUUAAUAGCUAUGUUCAUAUUAAUGACUUUAGGAUUUUUACUUAUGGCAAUGUCUGGUAAAAAUAUUCAUCACCAUCAUUGGGAUUUCUUUAAUCCACCAAACAACGAAGGAAGAAGACAGUAAUUAUUUUCACUGUUUUUUAAUUAUUGUUUUGUUAUUUUUAAAUAACAUAUCAGAGGUUUCGUCCAGUGAAAUAAAGAGUAAUCUAAAAAAUUGUAAAUAAUAACUUCAUCACAUAAUUACAUAUAUACUACUUACAUACUUACGUUAAAAUGAUAAAACUGGCUUUGUUUCGAUAGCCAUUCUAAGCUUUUUGCAUUUUAAAUUUAAAGUUAUAAAACUUCUUUUUUACUUUCAUAUUUUGUUAAAUUAAUAUACUUUGACAUGAGAAUUCUCAAUAUACAUACUUACAUAUUUAAUUGAAUAGAAUGUCUUAUAAAAAUUUUAUAUUUUGAAAAUAUAAUCUACUUAUAUUAUUAAUCUACUAUUUAUAUUUACUAUAUUGUUAUUUAGUUGUUUUAAAAUUUGUUAUUCUGUUUGAAAAUUAUAAAAUAGGUCAAAAAUCG